AGUGAAGGUGAAGCAAGCGUCAAUUCAAGAAAAGCAGUCACCUAAAUUGUAAAGGUGGAAGCAGGAUUAAUGUCAACGUCGUGUGCCUUUUUAUUUGUGAAUCUUCUGGACGUUUACUCAUUUUUUUAGCUGAUAAAUAUUAGUCCACAAAAGUGUUAAACCAACGCAAACAUGCAUUAUUAUAAACCGAUACCAAUACUUAUUGUUUUGAUCUUUCACACAUUUUAUAACCCGACCGAUAGUGGUGCUGUACAAAUUACACAGAGUAAUUUAGAUAUGGUUCUAGCUUCCAAUGAGGUGGUUUUUAUAAACUUUUAUGCUGACUGGUGUAAAUUUAGCAAUAUGCUUAUGCCCAUAUUUGAUGAUGCGGCGGACGAAGUGUCAAAAGCCGGGUAUGAUACUGGGAAAGUUGUUAUGGGAAAAAUUGAUUGUGAUAAGGAGCCAGCUAUUGCUACUAGAUUCCACAUAACAAAGUAUCCCACUCUGAAACUGUUUAGAAAUGGAUUACCAGCUAAAAAAGAAUACAGAGGACAACGGUCAGUAGAAGCAUUUGCAGAAUUCAUUAAAAAGCAGCUAACCGAUCCUGUUCUUACAUUUGGAUCAUUAAAAGAGCUUCACAACUUGGCGGAAGAUAAGAGACACAUCAUUGGCUAUAUGGAUAGAAGGGAUCAGCAAGAGUAUGAUGUUUUAAGGAAGGUGGCUGCUUCUCUUAAAGAUGAAUGCCUUUUCCAUGCUGGCUUUGGUGACGCCUCUCAGCAAAUGCAUCCUCCAGGUCAGCCCAUAGUUGUAUUCAGAACGGAUAAGAAAACAUCAGUUGAGCCUGAUGAAACCUAUACAGGGUCUUUGCUGAAUUUUGAUGAGUUGUACACUUGGGUGCAAAAGAAAUGCAUACCUUUAGUUAGAGAGAUCACAUUUGAAAAUGCUGAGGAACUUACAGAAGAAGGCCUGCCGUUCCUUAUACUAUUCUAUCAUCCUGAUAACCAUGAGAGUAUUAAGAGGUAUAAAGAAAUUGUUGCAAGGGAAUUGGAAUCUGAGAAACAAAAUGUGAACUUUUUGACGGCUGAUGGAGUUAAAUUUGAACAUCCCCUGCAUCACCUUGGCAAAUCAGUUGCUGAUUUACCUUUAAUUGCUAUCGACUCAUUCAGACAUAUGUAUCUGUUCCCUGAUUAUAAGGAUAUGGAAAAGCCUGGAAAGUUGAAGGAGUUCUUGCAAGAUCUAUAUUCUGGAAAAUUGCAUAGAGAAUUCCAUUACGGCCCUGACAAUCCCCAAGUUCUGUUGAAUGCAGAAGUGAAAGUGACUACACCACCUGAAUCUACUUUCAAGAAAUUAGCACCAUCCAAAAAUAGAUACACUCUACUCAGGGACGAAUUAUAAGGCCAUUUAACAUUGUGUUAGUAAUUAGAAAUUUAAUUUCACCGAAGCACGUUUUUUUUUCUUUUCUUUUCACCGAAUGGUUUUUAAUUUAAUUUGUGAAUGCUCAAUUGAAAGAAUAGAAAUUUAAUUAACAACAAAUAACAUAAAUAUCUGUGUCUAUUUAUUGUUUAUGCAGUUUCAUAAAUGAGCUUUACUUUAUUUGUCAUUUUAUGACGUUUUUAUUGCUACAUAAUUAUUACUUUUUUCUUAAAUGUUUCCAUACUAAUGAUGAAUUUGGAAUUUGUAUUUUUAUUUAACCUGUUUAAUUAUGUAUUCCAUUUCAUACAGAGUUCAUGAAAUUGUUGGUAACUUUUUAGUGGUAAAAUUUAUAUAUUCUGGUAAAGAUUACUAGUGACGUCAAUCACUAAAUCUUUUAUUUAAAUUUAUAAUGUCUAACCAUAUUAAAAUAAGUAGUAAAUAUAUCUUACUAGGCUUUUAACGAAAAGCGAUCAUAGCAAUGUAAAUUUGCAAAAACUUCAUACAUUAACUUUGUUUACUCUUUUAUUAAAAUAUAAAUUUUAAGGCAUUGAUUUACAAUGUACGGCUAUACUUACAAUUACGCCCAUAAAAUAUUCUAAAUAAAAAUCUAUCUACGAAUCUAUUCGGCACAUUUUCCACUAAAUUGUGUUUCUUCCGCGUUUUGAAUACAACGCUACAGAAUGAAAUGUUCUGCGAAAAUCUAUCCUAAUAAUAGAGUAUCCAGAUUUCCAAAAGAUGGAGACACAUAUUUCAGGUAGGUGUCACUUGGAAAAUAAAAAGUGUUGCUAAAAUGUACUUCUUGCUUUGUGUUUGCGUCCAUCUCUUUCGCGACAUAACUACAAACUCGUAAUGAGAGUAUACAGAUUUAGAACGUUACUCCCUAGGAAUUAAGUGUUGAUUUGUAUGAUUAUGUUAAUGUAUACGCAUAUACAGCGCCACUCGUAUAUACACAUUAUUGAUGACCUUUUAAAUGGCGAUUGUGAGUCUAGUCGCUUAUAGUAUGUCAAUGCUUUAAGGACUUAAAAAAACAUGUUACAAAGAUUAACACACUUAGAUGUAAUUUUUAAAUAUUUUUCAGUGGGAAAAAGGGGUUGCAAAAUUCCUAUAGCACUUUAUUGUAAGUCUAAGUAUGUAUUGUAAGUUUGUAUUUAUAAAGAUAUUAGAAGGAUUUUUAAUUACAGGAAAGAUUUUGCACAUACCUUUCUUAAGCUGCAUUUAAUUAUCUGUUUAUUCUUUAUAUAAUCUGUGGAGUGUUCUUUGUAUUUUGAUAGAAUUAAUUGCUAUUUAAUAAUAUGUAUUUACUCAUAAUACUAUUUAUUAUUUUUUUCUUAUUGAAAUACUUUUAUCUCAUCUUUCACAAUUUAAUAUUCAUAUGGUUGGAAUCAUCAAAAUUUAUAAUGUAAUAAGUAUGGAAUUCUAUCAUUAAGACAUUGAUUAAUGAGCAAUUUCGUUGUCCUUUAAAUCGAAUAAUAUGUUAUUGUUUUUUUUGGUCUUUGCAUAUAAUUUUUUAGCACGUUUUGACACAUAAACAUUAUUGAUUUGCUUACAACUGUUUAAGUAUACACUUCUGGAAGUAUACUGAAUUUUUGAUAUCUGUAUCUAUCGUAUAAUGAACUGAUACUAAAAAAAGUAAAUUUUGAAAUCAAUUAUAUAAGAAUAUUUAAGGCUAAAUGAUGUACAAUAAUAAAAAUAAAUUAUAACAAUGUUCUUGUUUUCUGGGUCACUUGCGUGCGAACAUUCCACCAAUGUACGAAUGUUUGCACAUGCAAAAACAGCGCACCGCAAGAAGGCGAAAAAAUUAGCAAAUAUCGUUCUACACUUAAAAAAUGAGUUUGUAUAUUCGUAGGAAUGCGAGUGAAUGGCAUUAAGCUACUUCCAUCAAACUUUUAUGUUUUCAAGAACUGCAGAAUGUGUAUAUUAUGACAGCUUAUCUAUGUGUUUAUAUUUCGGUAUUCUUUAAUUAAUUCUAUAAGACCAUAACGUAAUCUUUAAUAAUCUUUAAUAAGUUUCGCAGUGCGCACAUCUCAUUUAUUUUUAAAAACAAUAUAGUGGAAUUCGAUGCUAGAAUGUUUGGUUGUUUGUACUAUAUUAUUUAUAGUUGUUAUGAUGUAUUCAAACACAAGUUUACGUGUGGAAUUAUAUCUUCCUCGAUAUUAAUCAAUAAAAAGUCUAUAUUAAUAUAGCUCCUAAUAUUAUAUAGCGUUUCUGUUGCAUUUAAUUUCGAAGUAGGUAUUAAAUUGGCUCUUAUAUCAGUUAUUAUAAAAAUAGUGUCUAAUGAUUAUAAAUAUAUUUUUAAUGUUUUAGUUUAUAACCAAAAGAAGUAUACAAAAUUAACGCAGAUGUGUGUGAGCAGCUGAAAUUCAAAUAUUGCAAACUGCGUCUAAUUUGAUAUUGAAAUUGGCAUAUGAUUAAUACACAAAUAUGUAUUAAUCAAAUAUAUUUGAAAUUUCUUCAAUACACGAAUAAACCCCCCCUUUUAGCAAAUAAUAAUCUAUGAAUAUUCUGCUUUUGAAAUUAGGAAUUGCUUCCCUUAUAGUACAUGUAGGAUUAUAGAUUAGUUGACGUACGAAAUGUACAAAAUUUGUUAAAUAUAACAAAUAUAUUAAAACUUUGAUAACUGCCUCCAACAAACAACAGAAGACUAUAACUGUAAAUAGGUAUAAUGUACCUAAUUACUUAGUAGUAUAAUUCAUACGUGUAAAUGAUUGUACAAAAUGUAUGUUUUGUGAAUUGUGUAAUAAUUAAAAUUUUCAAGCCUA